GCGCUGCUGCCGCGACACAACAAUGGCGAGUCCCGGUCCCAACAGCAAGUCCACGGGCUCCGGGAACAUCUUUGGAGCCACGUCGCACCAGCUCCACCAGCAGACACAGAGCAGCAGCAUGCAAGUCAGCAGAUCUGAGUUGCAUUUCUCUGUGACAGAUGUCUGGCAUCAAAUAUUUUAUUUAAACUUUGCAGAAACCAACAGCUGCUGGAGAUGUCAAAAUGAAACAGGUAAACGCAAAGCGCUGAAGCUGAACUUCGCCAACCAUCCUGCAAAGCCGACGUCCAGGCUGCCGCUCAAUCCCACGCCUCCUUCUUUCCAGAACCCUCACAUAGAACGUCUGCGGACACACAGCAUCGAGUCCUCCGGGAAGCUGAAGAUCUCCCCGGAGCAGCACUGCGACUUCACCGCAGAAGACCUGAGGGACCUCGGGGAGAUCGGCCGUGGGGCGUACGGCUCCGUCAACAAGAUGGUCCACAAACCCACGGGCCAGAUCAUGGCUGUGAAGAGGAUUCGCUCCACUGUGGAUGAGAAGGAGCAGAAGCAGCUGCUGAUGGAUCUGGACGUGGUGAUGAGGAGUAGUGACUGUCCCUACAUUGUCCAGUUCUACGGCGCCCUCUUCAGGGAGGGCGACUGCUGGAUUUGUAUGGAGCUUAUGUCUACCUCAUUGGACAAACUCUACAAAUAUGUUUAUUGUGCAUUAUAUGAAGUCAUUCCAGAAGAAAUAUUAGGCAAGAUAACAUUAGCAACCGUUAAAGCACUGAACCACUUAAAAGAAAACUUAAAAAUAAUUCACAGAGACAUCAAACCUUCCAACAUUCUCAUGGACCGAAAGGGCAACAUCAAACUAUGUGACUUCGGCAUCAGCGGCCAGCUGGUGGAUUCCAUAGCCAAGACCAGAGACGCCGGCUGCCGGCCGUACAUGGCGCCUGAGAGGAUAGACCCGAGCGCUUCCAGACAGGGCUAUGAUGUCCGCUCUGAUGUGUGGAGUUUGGGAAUCACUCUGUACGAGUUGGCCACGGGGAGGUUUCCUUACCCCAAGUGGAAUAGCGUUUUUGAUCAGCUGACACAGGUGGUGAAGGGAGACCCUCCUCAGCUCUGCAACUCGGACGAGAGGCAGUUCUCCCCCAAGUUCAUCAACUUUGUUAACCUUUGCCUUACAAAGGAUGAAUCAAAAAGGCCGAAGUACAAGGAGCUUCUGAGAGAUUCUUUUAUUCUGAUGUACGAGGAGCGCUUCGUGGACGUCGCCAGUUACGUGUGCCGCAUCCUGGAUCAGAUCCCGGCCUCCCCCAUCUCCCUCAUGUAUGUUGACUGAUGCCAAGGAGGGGUUUCCGGGGGGGGA